UAAACCAGGAGCAGGCACUGACAUUCACCAUGAUUUCUUUCUGUUUCCUACUUUUUAUUUCACUUAGUGCCAUCCAAAGCCAUGGCUUGGACAAAUUUACUGCAGCCGUCUAUGAGCAUGCUGUCAUACUUCCAGAAAAUUCAAUAACUCCAGUUACAGCAGAUGAAGCUUUAGUGCUAAUGAACAGAAAUAUAGAUAUAUUGGAAAAAGCCAUUAAGUCUGCAGCAAGUCAGGGUGCACAUAUAAUUGUCACUCCAGAAGAUGGCAUAUAUGGUUGGAUAUUUACUAGGGAAACUAUGUAUCCGUUCCUCGAAAAUAUUCCACAUCCUGAAGUUAAUUGGAUACCUUGCUCUGACCCUGAAAGGUUUGGACGAGCUCCAGUUCAAACAAGACUAAGCUGUAUUGCAAAACUCAAUUCUAUCUAUGUAGUUGCAAAUAUUGGAGAUAAAAAGCCAUGCAACAUCUCCACUGUGGGAUGCCCAGAAGAUGGUCAUUUCUAUUACAAUACCGCCGUUGUCUUUGAUUCUGAUGGAAGAUUAGUGGCACGGUACCACAAGUACAACCUUUUUUCAUUUGAGGGUCAGUUUAAUGUACCACCUGAACCAGAGAUGGUGACCUUUGAAACACCAUUUGGAAAGUUUGGAAUCUUCAUCUGCUUUGAUAUACUUUUCUACAAGCCAGCAGCAGCUCUGGUGGUUGAUCAUCAAGUAGAUACUAUACUGUAUCCCACAGGAUGGCUAAAUAUCCUACCACAUUUUACUGCUAUAGAGAUUCAUUCAGCAUGGGCUAUGGGUAUGGGAAUUAAUCUACUCGCUGCCAACCUUCAUAACACCAGCAUGAGAAUGACAGGUAGUGGGAUUUACACACCAGAAACCCCAGGGCCAUAUUACUACAACAUGGACACUGAACACGGCCAUCUUAUAUUGUCUGAGUUGAGUGCACAUCCACGAAAUUCCUCAACUUUCUUUACUCCUAACUGGAGCCUUUAUGCAAACAGCAUUGGCCAAUAUUCCCCUGGACACAAUGUUUUCCGUGGACACUUGUUUUCAGAUGAAUUUACCUUUACCGAACUCACUGAGCCACAGGGAAAUUACACCCUUUGCCAAAAAAAUCUCUGCUGCCAUUUAACUUACACAGGAAUGGAGAAGAUAAUUGAUGAGGUGUAUGUACUUGGAGUUUUUGAUGGCCUUCAUACGGAGGAAGCAAAAUGCUAUAUGCAGAUUUGCACUUUGCUCAAAUACCAAAUCACUGACUUGGAAACCUGUGGGCUACCUGUUGAAACAGCAUCGACCAAGUUUAAUUAUUUUUCUUUGAGUGGUAAUUUUUCUAGCUCUUUUGUAUUUCCUGAAGUUUUGUUAAGCAAAAUUAACCUGGCUGCAGGAAUGUUUCAGGUUUUGCCUGAUGGACGUCUUACAAGCCUAAGCAGUAUUUCUCAAGAGCCUCUUUUAAGUGCUUCCCUUAUUGGGAGAUUGUACGAUAAAGACCCAAUACAUUGAUUCCAAAUAAAUAUAUUGCGUGAUCUAAAA